AUGGGCACCUCAAUCCAAUACACAGCUCUUGGAGCUUUACUGCUUGCCAUCGUCCACGUUUGCAAUGCAAUACCCUCAGUGCCAGUUGCAACAGAUCCAAUUUUAAGCACUGAGACCGUUUCGACAGUUGUGCCCUCGCUGCUCACCAUCUAUUCCACCGUUCCAGGCACCGGUGUCCCAGGAGAGACUCAAACGAUAACGUCAACAGUGGACGGCCAACCAACCACUAUCACAUCUGUUGUUGGUGACGCUGCUGCAUCAGAAACAAGCACAAUCAUCUCAACCAUUUAUUUGACCACCACUUCAGAGGUGGUCAAUACCGUUGGAUACUCGACUGUCUUGGGGCCAGACCCGGUCACUUCAACCAGUGAUCCUGCUACUGCUAUCACUAGUAGCCCAACCAGCACUGUCCCAGCCGAGACUCCAACAACGACACCAACUAUAGCGGAGACGUCCAGUACUAGCAGUACUUCUUUUGCAGUUGUUGUACCAUCCACAACCGACACUCCUCUGACGACGACAUCUGAAAGCUCCACGCCACUCUCAUCAGCAGUCCUAUCUGCAUCACCGACGACAUCUCAACCAAGUGCUUCGUCGUCAACAUCGAGUUCGUUACAAGCGUCAUCUUCGGCUCAUCCCUCUCACUCUCACGGACUGUCCCCGGCCCAAAAAGCUGGCAUCGGAGUGGGUGUGGCGAUAGGGGGUUUCUUACUGGCCGUGGCCGCCUUUAUCCUCGGCCUGCAUUACUCGCACCGCCGCACUGCCAAAGCUGCCGCCAAAUACGAUGGAUCUAAAUCUUCCGGAGGCGAAGCAAAGGAUGACUUCCUAGUCGGACGCCCUUACGAGCAUAUGGUAGCACAAAGUCGUUCCCCCAAUAUGUCGGUCAGGAAGGACUACCAGAUUCCAACGGAGAUACACUCGGUAUCCAGCAGCAGCAGAUUAUACGAGGCCCAGAAUGCGCCAUCAUCGCCACCGCUGCCGCCAAGAAGCCAUCAGCGCGUGAACGGCGGUUAUUCGCCUUUUCCACCAGCACAGGAGGACGAGCCAAUGUAUAUUGGGGUGCCUGCUCAUAUGUCAGGCUCGAAGCGCUGGAGCAUGAAAGAGUAUGAGAAGUAG